AUGGAACAAGAAACACCCAAGAUGAUCUACAGAACACUCGGAAAUACAGGUCUGAAAGUAUCAGUGCUCUCUUUUGGAACCUGGCUGACAGCUCAUGAUGAGAAGGAAGAGCAAAAUAUUAUCGACUGUGUUAAGAGAGCCUACGAACUUGGAGUCAACUUCUUUGACACAGCAGAAGCAUAUGGAUAUGGAGUGGCUGAGAAGAUUCUAGGAAAAGCAAUCAAAGAACUCAAUGUUGAUAGAGAAGACCUUGUAAUCUCCACCAAAACAAGAGAGUGUGGAUCAGGAGUCAAUGAUAAACUUCUUAGCAGAAAGCAUAUCAUUGAAGGGGUCAAGAACUCCUUAGAGAGACUUCAGCUUGAUUAUGUAGAUAUUUUACUUUGUCACAGACCUGAUUCUCAGACAACAUUAGUCGAGACUUGCAGAGCAAUGGAUUGGGUAGUCGAAGAAGGAUACGCAUUCUACUGGGCAACUUCUGAAUGGAGCCCUUCAGAAAUUGCAGAAGCUUAUGAAAUUUGUGAGAGAGAAGGCUUGAACAAGCCCAUUGCUGAUCAGUGACAGUACAAUGCUCUUUAUAGAGAGAAUUUAGAGAAGAACCUAAGACAUUCGUUUGAGAAAUAUAAGUAUGGAACUACUGUCUGGUCUCCUUUGGCCAUGGGACUCUUAACUGGGAAAUACAACACCGGAGAUUUUCCUAAAGAUGCUAGGCUAUAUUCAGAAGAUGGAGAUCAUAAAUUUUUAAGAUUCUAUUUCGGGGCAGAUGGUAGCAGAAGAGAUCAGACAAUUGAAAACUUGAAAAAGUUUUGCAAAAUUGCUGAGGAGCAAGGAUGCUCAGCAGCACAGCUAGCCCUUGCUUGGACUCUCGUAAAUAAGGACGUAUCUACAUGUAUUUUUGGAGCGUCCAAAGUAAGCCAGCUUGAAGAUAAUAUGGGGGCAUUAGAAGUUGCUUCAAAAUGGACUGAAGAGCUUGAAAAUAAAAUUGAAGAAGCAUUAGGUAACGAGCCUGCUCCCGAAACUGACUACAACACCUUUGCCCCAAAGAGACCAAGAAGAAAAGUUGCCCUCGACUUAGAUAUGUAA